AGUCAGCUGGAAUUUGCCUACUGCCUGAACUACUGCCUACGAACAAAGUCAGCCGACUCGUUCCAGCUCGCACUAGUCUCAGUGUGUUAGACUCCGAAAGAGAGAUCAGUUGCUCGCGUUAAGGCCACACCGGUGAGGGACAAAUGCAGGAUUGUUCCAUUGAAGGGGCGGGGGUGCUCCAUUCGCACCUCCACUUUUCUUUGUCCCAAUCGUUCACUGUAACCACCUUCUUCUCGCGUUUAAUCAAACAAAUGCUCGGCUACCCCAUGACCCGUGUGUAGUUACCUGCUGGGGGAUUCUGGGAAUGCAAAUAUAUCCCUUAUUCAUUUCACAGGACUUUUGUAGUUCCUCAUCUGAAAUGUAAUCAUUGGCCUGUUCUGUUCCUUGUGAAAUCCACUGAUGAGCGAAUAUAGAAAGUGUUGCCAAUGAGGCAAGUGGAGGAGCUGACAUCAGGGGCUAGUGCCCCACAAGUUACUAGGGGCUGCAACAAUUCUGCUCCUGCUCACUCCUGUUCUAAAAACAGCACAAUUGGGAGCUCUGGGCUAGUGUUGUGGACCCCAUCCAGUGUGGAAAAGGAACAAGCACCAAUCCCAGUGUAUCACCCAACCCCAAGCCAGACCCGCCUAGCAACACAGCUUACUGAAGAGGAACAGAUAAGAAUAGCACAAAGGAUAGGACUUAUUCAGCACCUGCCUAAAGGAGUUUAUGAUCCUGGAAGAGAUGGAUCUGAGAAAAAGAUUAGAGAAUGUGUAAUCUGUAUGAUGGACUUUGUAUAUGGUGAUCCGAUCCGAUUUCUACCCUGCAUGCAUAUUUACCAUAUGGACUGUAUAGACGACUGGCUGAUGAGAUCAUUUACUUGCCCUUCCUGCAUGGAACCCGUGGAUGCAGCAUUGCUCUCAUCCUAUGAGACGAAUUAAACCCUGGCACACAGAACAAAGACCAUUACGUCUACGGGAAUUCUCUCUUCCUUGGUCUCCUGAGCCCAAAGAUCCAAAGGAUAAGAUUUAGAAAAAUGCACAAAGAUCUUUAAAAUUUCUUAUCAACUGGCAGUUAAAAACAAACUGUGUGUUAUGUUGGAAGUACACCUAGGGACUACUGUGUGGAAAGCUAAUACCACAGCUUACUGGAUAUAUGAAAAUGCACUUGAAAUUCGCGUCUAACCCUUACACGUGUCACCCUUGAAGUCAUGGCUUUGAGAGUACUUCUUGUUCUGCUUUAAAAGUGUAUUUGUGUAUAAGGGCUGGUGAGGAUGUCCAUCUCUGGGGAGUAAACACUACAAUCUUUGCUGUGGAUCUUCUCUCUAAUGGACUUGGAUCCUGAAGUCAAAGUCUGUAUGCCUGGAAUUCCAGUAUGUGGCAGCAUAUAGCUAUCAGUAAGAAUAUUCAGGGCAGAGUUGCUGCAAGAAGCACAGAACUGCAGUUCAAUCCAAAUUAUCCAGUCACUGGAGAAAUGUUAAACGUGAUGACAUUUUAACAAACUCCUGCCUACUCCUGGUGUUUCCCAGAAGCACAUUUGUUUUGGAUCAAGACACAGGGAAGCCCAUUGAUAAAAGUCAGAAUUUAUCUCAUUAUUUUCUGAAAAAUACUCCGACCAAAUCCGCACGAGUCUUUAUUUCCCCCCAUUUUUCCAAAAAUUUUCUGUGCAGGAAAAAAACAGAAAACCAAAACAAAAUUUCGGAUUAUUGCACGAAUCACAGCGCAGAUCAAGAUAUCCAUUUUUCUCCCAUUGACUUAUAUGCAACCUCGGCAGGUCUGAGAUGCUGGAUUUACAGAUUCUGACUUUUUUGAUCCUUGGGGUAUAAUAAAUCCCGAAAAAUUUGUGGUCCCCCCCCCCCACUAAAAAUUCGGAUUUUAUAGUAAAAAAAAAAAAAAGUUUUUUCGGGUUUUUGGCAUUCGGAGUUUAAUAAAUAGCCCCUUGAUGUCAGAGGAGUGUGGCUAUUUCUAAUUUCUGAAAAGAAUUUGCUUUUCACAUGUUAGAAAACUGGCACACUAAUAGUCUCACCACCCCUUGUUGGCAGAGGUGCCUGAAGCACGCGAAGGACUGGCCCAGCAAACAAGGGAGAAUAAUUUGCACCUUUUUAUUAUUAUUAUUAUUGUUAUUAAUAAUUAUUGUAAUUCCUUCCAUUUGAAAUGGAAUCCACGGCCUUGUGGCUCAGUAAAUUGGAACAUUGUUGUUUCUAGGCAGUCUCCGUAUGCAAACGCCUUUUAUGUAUGAAGUAUAUUCAGAUGGAUAUAUGUGCGUGCAAAGAGAAUCAAGCAGCGUUUAACCGCCAACCAUUAACAAAAUGUCAGCUGAUAUGGAAAACCCUGUAUUCAAAUUGAGAAGACCUAGAUUAUGCCUAUAUCUCUGUGUUUUAACUCCCUGCAGUUAGAUCUACCCAUAGCACAUUGAACUGAAUGCAUGUCUGGCUUAUGAGUGGUUAAUCACCCUUUUUAUGUUUAUCACUACAGUAUGUGUUUCUUUUGAUUUUAUUGUUUUUCCUGUAUCAAGUCUUUCUUUCGAUGGUUCUGCUAGUUCAGCACCAGAUUAAAACUAUGUAUCCCUGAGAUAUAAAAAA